GUCGGGACUGGUAGCCGCUUUGCGGUGAGAGGACGCUGAGGAGGGGCUGGAAUUUCUGCCUCGUCCCGGGGCGUGGGGUGAAGGACUCCGAGGUGUAGCUGGGCGGGGGUCCCAGCCGCAGCGACACAUGCGGGAGCCAGGAGCGGGGGCGGCGCCGAGCGGAGCCGGCCGGGUCCCCCGCCUCGCCGCCGCCUCGGCCACCCGCCUGGGGCCGUAGCAUCUGGCCCCGGAGUGCAUGAGCUGGGGCCCUGAGCUCAGCAGCCACCCGCCGCCCGGGGGGGCGGGGACCCCGAUGUGAAGCGGUAGGACCGGUGCAGCCGUCCUUUCCUAACCUUCCCCUCCCCUCAGCCCCUUCGGGGGUCUUCUCCCGCGGCCCGUCGCCGGCCCACGGCUCCUCGGCAGGCCCCCGGGAGUUCUCAGAGCCCCCUCCCCUGCCCCGGCCCCCCCAGGGCGGCGGGGCCGGGGGGGACCCGGGGGCCCGGCUGCAGCCUCCUUCCAGAGGAAACUUUGUGAAAACCCAACCCGAAGUCUGCCAGCCGUGACUGUCCCAAACGUGACUGUCCCGGGACAAGUGGUCCUGGAAGGGCAGAAGCCACAGCCAGAACAGACCCAGGAAGAGGAAAAGAGGUGAGCGGGGCCGCCGCCUCCUCUCCGCCCGCAGCGCUGCGCGGAAGAGACCCGGGCGGCCGCCUGGGCGAUCGGCUCGAGCGCUGCUGCUUCCCCAGUUCCGCACCAGAGCCUUCCGCGGCUGCUGUCCCGGAGGAGGAGGAAGGGAACCGGCCCGCCUGCCCAGCGCCGCGGCUCUGCUCUAACGCAUCAAGAUAUCAGCUCCUCAGAAGCCUCCUUGUAUGCUGUCCCAGUCAAUAAUGCCUUCACAAGAAAGGGAGUCUCAGUCAUCAGCAAGAUUUUUAAAAGGCUAUCUAAGUAGUUGAGUCUCCUGAUUCUUUUGCAUUUCCUCCAACAUUUUUGUGGCAGCCUCUGCAGAUUCAGCUUUCGAUUACUUCUUUAGGAUAGAUUGCCAGAAGUGGAAUUACUGGGUCAGAGGAAUGUGAAAGCCUUUGCAUCUUCUGAUAGUCUGGCCAAGGUUCAAGAAGUGGCAAGCUGGCUUUUGGAAAUGAAUCAGGAACUGCUGUCUGUGGGCAGCAAAAGGCGACGGACAGGAGGCUCUCUGAGAGGUAACCCUUCCUCAAGCCAGGCGGAUGAGGAGCAGAUGAACCGGGUGGUGGAGGAAGAGCAGCAGCCACAGCAGCUAAGACAGCAGGAGGAGGAGCACACCGCAAGGAAUGGUGAAGUUGUUGGUGCAGAACCUAGAUCUGGAGACCACAAUGAUUCCCAGCAAGGACAGGUGGAAGAAAACAAUAAUCAGUUUAUUUCAGUAGAUGAGGACUCCUCGGGAAACCAUGAAGAGCAAGAGGAGGAUGAAGAACAUGCUGGUGAGCAAGAUGAGGAGGAUGAAGAGGAGGAGGAAAUGGACCAGGAAAGUGAUGAUUUUGACCAAUCUGAUGACAGUAGCAGAGAAGAUGAACAUAUACAUAGUAACAGUGUCACAAACUCCAGUGGUACUGUGGACCUGCCCAUUCACCAACUGUCCUCCCCCUUCUAUGCAAAGACAACGAAAAUGAAAAGAAAGUUGGACCAUGGUUCUGAGGUCCGCUCCUUUUCUUUGGGAAAGAAACCAUGCAAGGUCUCAGAAUAUACAAGUACCACUGGGCUUGUACCAUGUUCAGCAACACCAACAACUUUUGGGGACCUGAGAGCAGCCAAUGGCCAAGGGCAGCAACGACGCCGGAUUACAUCUGUGCAGCCACCUACAGGCCUCCAGGAAUGGCUGAAAAUGUUUCAGAGCUGGAGUGGACCAGAAAAAUUACUUGCUUUAGAUGAACUUAUUGACAGUUGUGAACCAACACAAGUAAAACACAUGAUGCAAGUGAUAGAACCUCAGUUUCAAAGAGACUUCAUUUCUCUGCUCCCUAAAGAGUUGGCACUUUAUGUGCUUUCAUUUCUGGACCCCAAAGACCUGCUACAGGCAGCUCAGACGUGUCGAUACUGGAGAAUUUUGGCUGAAGACAACCUUCUCUGGAGAGAGAAAUGCAAGGAAGAGGGGAUUGAUGAGCCAUUGCACAUCAAGAGAAGAAAAGUAAUAAAGCCAGGUUUCAUACACAGUCCAUGGAAGAGUGCAUACAUCAGACAGCACAGGAUUGAUACAAACUGGAGGCGAGGAGAACUCAAAUCUCCAAAGGUGCUCAAAGGACAUGAUGAUCACGUGAUUACGUGCUUACAGUUCUGUGGGAACCGGAUAGUUAGUGGUUCUGAUGACAACACUCUGAAAGUUUGGUCAGCAGUCACAGGCAAAUGUCUGAGAACAUUAGUGGGACAUACAGGUGGAGUCUGGUCAUCACAGAUGAGAGACAAUAUCAUCAUUAGUGGAUCUACAGACCGGACUCUCAAGGUGUGGAACGCAGAGACUGGGGAAUGUAUACACACGCUGUAUGGGCACACUUCCACUGUGCGCUGCAUGCAUCUGCACGAGAAAAGAGUUGUCAGUGGUUCUCGAGAUGCCACUCUUAGGGUUUGGGAUAUCGAGACAGGCCAGUGUUUACAUGUCUUGAUGGGUCAUGUGGCAGCAGUCCGCUGCGUUCAGUAUGAUGGCAGGAGGGUUGUCAGUGGAGCGUAUGAUUUCAUGGUGAAGGUGUGGGAUCCGGAGACCGAGACCUGUCUACACACGCUGCAGGGGCACACUAAUAGGGUCUAUUCCUUACAGUUUGAUGGCAUCCAUGUGGUGAGUGGCUCUCUUGAUACAUCCAUCCGAGUUUGGGACGUGGAGACGGGGAAUUGCAUACAUACGUUAACAGGGCACCAGUCGCUAACCAGUGGAAUGGAACUCAAAGACAAUAUUCUUGUCUCUGGGAAUGCAGAUUCUACAGUUAAAAUCUGGGAUAUCAAAACAGGACAGUGUUUACAAACAUUGCAAGGUCCCAACAAGCAUCAGAGUGCUGUGACCUGUUUACAGUUCAACAAGAACUUUGUCAUUACCAGCUCAGAUGAUGGGACUGUAAAACUAUGGGACUUGAAAACGGGUGAAUUUAUUCGAAACCUAGUCACAUUGGAAAGUGGGGGGAGUGGGGGAGUUGUGUGGCGGAUCAGAGCCUCCAACACAAAGCUGGUGUGUGCAGUUGGGAGUCGGAACGGGACUGAAGAAACCAAGCUGCUGGUGCUGGACUUCGAUGUGGAUAUGAAGUGAAGAGCAGAAGAGGUGAAUUUUGUCCAGAGGUGUAGAGAUACACUCCCUGCCCUUCCCCCUGCGUACAAAAACAAAAACAAAAACAAAAAAA